AUGACUUUCCAUCCCCAAACGCCUCAGAGCCCCUGGCGCUUCUCGCCUGCCACCUCGUCGUCAGAACCCAUGGCGACCCUCAUCUCGGGCAACCAGGCCACGGCCACCACUCUCCCCACUCCGGCACACAGCGUCAACGGCGCCAACUCGCAGCCCGAUGUCGUCAUGGUUGACUACUCGCCGCACAAGAGGAAGCGCCCGUUCGAUGACGUCGGCGGUGACCGCGACCACAAGAAGAUGCUUCUCGAGGACCGCAAGCUGGGCAUUGAAAACCUGCACCUCGAUGUGGGCAAGAAAUAUCUGCUGUGCCAAACACCUACAACUCCUUCGGCCGCCCUCGCCGCGCGCACCUCAGAGGACCUCUUUGAAAUGUUUGGCCUCGCCGACCUCGCCGCUGAAGUGGCACGCGAGAAGCCCAACGGAGAGAAGAAUGCGCUGCGCAAGACAUACAAGGGCCACAUCAAACGCCUCGGCGUUGCCGGACACUUUGACGUCCAGAAGAAGAAGGAAGACGCCCCGUCCGACUUCAUGGCCAUGAUCCAGGUACCAGACCUGGAGUGGAGCGUGCAUCAAGUCAAGGGUCGCGAAAUCAGCAACGGCCUCUCCGAGACUACAUUGUCGACCCUGGGCCGGGCCUUGACCAUGUCUAAGGGCCCCAUUCCCAAGGCCAUAUGGGACUCGUCUGUACUUGGCGACCUGGCUCCGGCAAACUCAGACACAGCAAAUCAAGAGCACAGGAUGGUUAUUACAUGUUAUUAG